AUGAUCAGUCAAGGCACCUGUCUCCCGGGAAUCCCCACCUUUGUUUCCUUUGCUCAACAUCGCCAAUGGAUGCUCGAACACAUGGCACUGGCCUUUCGCGUCUUCGCUCGCAAAGGCUACUGUGAAGGAAUGUCCGGCCACAUUUCCGUGAGAGAUCCGGAGAAUGUUCAUACUUUUUGGACAAACCCCCUCGGCCGCCACUUCGGCCUACUCAAAGCCAGUGACAUGAUCCUCGUGGAUUACGACGGGAAUGCCAUCGGAGGGAACAUGAGCCGACCGGCAAACGCGGCAGGUUUUCUGAUUCAUUCCGCUGUGCACAAAGCUCGUCCGGAUGUGGUGGCCGCCUGUCAUACACAUAGUCCUGCGGGGAAGGCGUGGAGUGCGUUUGCGAGACCGUUGGAGAUGUUGAAUCAGGAUGUGACGUACUUUUAUGGGGAGGCACAGGCCGUUUAUGAGGACUUUGGAGGGGUGGUCUUCACAGAAGAAGAAGGUCAGAAAUUGGCUGCUGCUCUGGGUCCUCGGGGCAAGGGCAUGAUUUUGAGAAAUCAUGGACUGCUCACAGUCGGCAGUACAGUGGAUGAAGCGGCAUAUAUGUACACACUGAUGGAGAGAUCCUGCGAGGUCCAACUGCAAGUGGAGGCUGCUGCUGCCAAUGGCAUCCCGAAGAUCUACGUGCCCGAGGAGAGUGCCAAGUAUACGUUUGAGAUGGCCAGUGAUCCCGAAACACUCUAUUGCGAGUUUCAACCAGAUUUGGAGUAUGAGAUGGAGAUGUGCAACGGCGCGUAUGCAAAAUGA